UAAAGACGGUCUUGUGACCACUUCUUGUAACCUUCUGCAAGGCCACAGGAAUAAUAGUAUCACUCUAAGUAGGACAUGAUUGACCUUUUGGCACUGAGGAAACACCCUGGAUGAAGAGAGGAAAGCCCAACCGAGGAAAUAAAACGCUGGGAGAUGAAUGAAAUGAGGUGUGUGGAGAGGUGGGCGGGGCCAGAAGACAAAGGGAGGAGCCUGCCUCUGUCACGUGGGUAAUGGGGUGUCCCGGGAGAUGCUCUCCAGAGAAGCCUGUGCAACAAUCAGGACCUCAGAGACCUAGGAGGGAAGCGAGUGGGAAGAGGAAGACAAAUGUGCAUCUCAAGCCAGCCACUGCCCCCUUUCAAAGGUGAACACAGUAAAAUUUACGACAGGUGUGCUAUCAGAUCCCAGAGGGGCAUAAAAGCAGGAGGGAGAGUGGUAACUCAUCCGUCUGUGGAAGGAAGCUGGUUACUCAGAGGUCCCAGACACCUGCAAGACUGAGGGAUGGAGUCAUGGCCAGGCGUUUCCCUGGUGGGACUGCUGCUGCUGCUACUGCUGGGACAAGGGCCCUCCCAAAUCCACGGCUCUUCUGGAGAAAACACAUCGCAGCCCCAGCAAGUGUUUCGGACCCUGAAGAAUUUUUCAUUCCCUUGCAAGCCAAAGAAGUUAGAACUGAGUGUGCUUUCUAAGUCAGUUCACUCUCUGAGACCCUCAGACAUUAAACUCGUGGCAGCCAUCGGCAACCUAGAAACUCCUCCAGCCCCUGGCUCAGGCGUGGUCAACAUGGAGAAACCUCAAAGCCUCGAGAGCGAACUACAGAAUGUGUGCAUAGGAAUCAUGACAGCCCUUUCAGAUAUCAUCAGACAUUUCAACCCUUCUGUUCUGAUGCCCACGUGUUCUCCUGGGAAGGGUACUGCAGGCCACACUACUAUUGCCGAAGACUUGUGGAUUCAGGCUAAAGAGCUGGUGAGGCAUCUGAAAGACAACCCGGAACUUGAUUUUGAGAAGGACUGGAAACUCAUCACUGUGCUCUUCAGUAACACAAGCCAGUGCCACCUGUGUUCCUCUGAUCAGCAGAAAAGGCACUUGAUGAAGCACAUGGAGAUGCUGUCAGGGGUGCUGGAUUACCUGCAUCGUGAGGUCCCCAGAGCGUUUGUGAAUUUGGUGGAUCUCUCUGAGGUUUUGACCAUGGCUCAGCAGCAUCAAGAGACUGGUUUCAGCCCUGCACCAGAGAUUUGCAAAUGCUCAGAGGAAAUAACGAAGUUAUCCAAGGCUGUCAUGCAGUGGUCCUAUCAGGAAGCCUGGGAAGAUCUCCUGGCCUCCAGCAAGUUCAAUAAGCAUGAGACCUUCGCUGUGGUUUUCCAGUCUUUCUUCUCUGAGGUAGAACUACCCUUGGAGAGGCCCUCGCCCCAGGAUUCCACCACGCUCGCCCUCAGGAUCUGGAAUAGCAUGAUGGAACCAGUGGGUCGAAAGGAUGGGACACUCAAUGAAGCAGAGAGAAAAACAAUGAAAUGUCCCUCUCAGGAGAGCCCCUAUCUGUUCACCUACAGAAAUAGCAACUACCAGGCCAGACAGCUGAAACCCAUAGGAAAGUUUCAGAUGAAAGAAGGAACAAAAUUCACCUGUCCUGACAAAGACCCCUCGGACUCCAUCCCCACAACAGUUCACAGGCUGAGGCCGGCUGACAUCAAGGUCAUCGGAGCCAUGGGUGACUCGCUCACGGCAGGCAACGGGGCAGGGUCCAGCCCUGGGAAUGUCUUGGAUGUCUUAACUCAAUACCGAGGCCUGUCGUGGAGUGUGGGCGGAGAUGAGACCAUCGAGACCGUGACCACCCUAGCCAACAUCCUCCGGGAAUUCAACCCCUCCUUGAAGGGCUUCUCUGUUGGCACUGGGAAAGAAAACACUCCCCGAGCAUCCUUCAACCAGGCCGUAGCAGGAGCCAAAUCUGAUGGCUUAGCUGCCCAGGCCAAAAAGCUGGUGAGCCUGAUGAAGGAUGACAAGACAAUAAACUUUCAGGAAGACUGGAAGAUAAUCACUGUGUUUAUAGGAGGCAACGACCUCUGUGGCUCCUGCAAUAACCUGGCUCGCUUUUCUCCCCAAACCUUCACAGACAACAUCAAGACGGCCCUGGACAUCCUCCAUGCAGAGGUUCCCCGGGCCUUUGUGAACAUGGUCUCGGUGAUUGAGAUCACCCCCUUGAGAGAACUGUUCAAUGAACCUAAAGUCAGCUGCCCACGGAUGAUCCUCAGGAGCCUGUGUCCUUGUGUCUUGAACCUUGGUGAGAACUCAGCAGAACUUGCCCAACUUGUGGAAAGGAACAGGCAGUAUCAGGAAGAAACUGGAAAACUGAUUGAGAGUGGCCGAUACGACACCAGGGAUGACUUCACCGUGGUCCUCCAGCCCAUGUUUGAAAAUGUCGUCAUGCCACGGACCCUGGAGGGCUUGCCCGACAGCUCUUUCUUUGCCCCUGACUGUUUCCACUUCAAUGUCAAGACUCACGCUCGCUCAGCCAUCGCCCUCUGGAAGAACAUGCUAGAACCUGUGGGCCGCAAGACAAGACAUCAGAAUUUUGAAAUCAAGGUCCCUAUCAUGUGUCCAAACCAGACCUCACCGUUUCUGAGCACCACCAAGAACAGCAACCUGGGACAUGGAACUUCGAUGUCUUGUGAGGAGAAAGCCCCCUCUGCCUCACCACCAACCUCAGUGCAUACCCUGAGACCUGCAGACAUCCAAGUUGUGGCAGCUCUGGGAGACUCUGUGACUGCUGGCAAUGGAAUCAGCUCCCAAGAAGGUGAUCUCGCUGAUGUUACCACACAGUAUCGAGGACUGUCCUACAGUGCUGGUGGGGACAAGUUCCUGGAGAAUGUGACCACCUUGCCCAACAUCCUCCGGGAAUUUAAUGGAAAUCUCACAGGCUACUCAGUCGGAACCGGUGACGUCAACUCUGCAAGCGCGUUCCUUAACCAGGCUGUCCCUGGGGCAAAGGCUGAGAACCUUGCAAGUCAAGUCCAGACUCUGAUUCAGAAGAUGAAGAAUGACACCAGAGUGAACUUUCACCAAGACUGGAAGGUCAUCACUGUGAUGAUUGGGGCCAGCGACUUGUGUGACUUCUGCAAGGAUUCGAAUCGUUACUCUGCAGCCAAUUUUUCUGACCAUCUCCGCAAUGCCUUGGACAUCCUGCAUAAGGAGGUACCCAGAGCCCUGGUCAACCUUGUGGACUUCAUGAACCCCAGUAUCAUUCGGCAAGUGUUCCUGAAGAACCCAGACAAGUGCCCUGUGAAUCAGACCAGUGUCCUGUGCAACUGUGUUCUGACCCCAGGGGAGGAUUCCCAUGAGCUGGCAAGGUUGGAGGCCUUCACCAAAUCCUACCAGAGUAGCAUGCUUCAACUGGUUGAGUCAGGCCGCUACGACACCCGGGAGGAUUUCUCUGUGGUACUGCAGCCCUUUCUCUUCAACAUCAGGCUCCCCAUCCUAGAGAAUGGGAAUCCAGAUACAUCCUUCUUUGCCCCAGACUGCAUCCUCCUAAGCCAGAAGUUCCACACUCAGCUCGCGAGAGCCCUUUGGGCCAAUAUGCUUGAACCCCUGGGAAAGAAAAUGGAUACUUUGGACCCGAAAGAACUCAUAGCUUUGGCCUGCCCCACCAAGGACAAGCCCUUCCUGAGAACCUUCCGGAACAGUAACUACACGUACCCUAUCAAGCCAGCCAUUGAGAAUUGGGGCAGUGACUUCCUGUGCACAGAGCAGAGUCCUUCCAGCAAGGUACCCACCUCAGUUCAUGAGCUCCGACCAUCAGACAUCAAGGUGGUGGCAGCAAUGGGUGACUUUCUGACGACAGCCACCGGAGCUCGACCAAGUGAGUCCAGCAGUCUAGACACCCCCUGGAGGGGGCUGUCUUGGAGCAUUGGAGGAGAUGGAACGUUGGAGACCCAUACCACACUGCCCAACAUCCUGAAGAAGUUCAACCCUUCCAUCCUUGGAUUCUCCACCGGUACCCUGGAGAACACGGCAGGAUUAAAUGUGGCAGAAGAAGGCGCCAGAGCUCAGGACAUGCCGGCCCAGGCUCAGGCCCUGGUGAAGAAGAUGAAAAGCACCCCUACAAUCAACAUACAGGAAGACUGGAAGCUGAUUACACUCCUCAUCGGGAACAACGACCUGUGUCUUUACUGUGAGGAUCCGGAGAACUACUCAACCAGGGAGUAUGUCAAGUACAUCCAGCAUGCCUUGGACAUCUUCUAUGAGGAGCUUCCCAGGGUUUUCAUCAACGUGGUGGAAGUCAUGGAGCUGUCCGGUCUGCUCCACGACCAGGGCGGGAAAUGUGCCAUGCCGUUGGCUGUCCAGAAAAACUGCAGUUGCCUUAAACGCUCUCAAAACCUCAUGGCAAUGCAGGAGCUGAAGAAAGUCAACGGGAACCUCCAGAGUGCCCUCUCGGAGCUCUCCUACUGGCAUCGGUACAUGCAGCGUGAGGACUUUGCAGUCACUGUCCAGCCUUUCUUCCGGAAUACCUUUGUCCCACUGGAUGAGCGUGGGGGCCUCGACCUCACUUUCUUCUCUGAAGACUGUUUCCACUUCUCAGUCCGUGGGCAUGCUGAGAUGGCCAUUGCCCUCUGGAACAACAUGCUGGAACCAGUGGGCAAGAAGACAACCUCCAAUAACUUCACAUACAACCGGACCAAACUCAAGUGUCCCUCGCCUGAAAACCCUUUCCUCUACACUGUCCGGAACAGUCAGAUUCUUCUAGACAAGGCUAAAGAAAACUCCAAUACACUCUACUGGGCAGUGCCAGUGGCUGCAGUAGGUGGCCUGGUAGUUGGCAUCCUUGGAAUGAUGUUGUGGAGAACUGUGAGACUCGUCCAAUAGAAGGAGGAGGAGACUUUUCCAAAUACAAGUGUGGACCUUGAGUUGACCCAGGAUGCUGUUUCAGAGGAGAAGCUCAGAGAUUGACCCUUGGUACCAGACAGCAAUUACGUAAUCUCAGGGAUGGGGACUGCGUGCCUUUCUCUCUUGGGAGUUCACCAUCUUCUUUUGGAAAGAUAAAUAAGAAAGAGUGGCUACACUCAGUAUCCAUGUUCUUCUGGGCUUCUGUUGAAACACUUUGUGGAGUUACCUGCAGACCAUCUGUAGUUGUUGGUCUAUUUGAAACAGAAGUGGGUCGCAUCAUUAGACGUGGGUUCCAUCCUCAGGGCAUCUCAACUACAUAUAUAGAAACAUGAUAUACAUAUACAUAUAUGCAACUACUCAAAAGACGCACAAUCUAAUACACUGGAUGAGGGGUGCAGAGCCUGUAUGCACUGGAGGUGUGCCAUGUCCUUUAGGUAAACAGUUAGGACUGUAGUGGUGGACUGUUAAGCUGCUCUGAGUUCCCCUUGGGUGGAAGCCAGUCUCCGCACCUGCCCAGGAGCUCUGGAUUCAUGAAUGAAAGACACGCAACCACAACCUUUAUAUUGAAUAAGCCUGAACUUGCUCAAUGGCUGGGCCAUUUCUGACCUCCUUAUGGAGAGCACGUACUCCCCUCUGGUAUUCCUGAGUUAACACUUUCUAAAUCUAUUCUUUUAUCUUUGCUACCCCAGACCCAAUUGGAGGAGUGAACCCUGGGGCCACUUCCCUCACUCAUACUUGCCAGGGGGGAUCUUAGGUCUGAUCUCUCUGCUUCCCUGUCAUGGCAAUUCUGCCCUUCUCUCCUCUGCAUUUUUCCCCCCAGGAAUCCUAAAAGUCCCGCCUCUGUCUCCCUGCCCAGCCAUUGGCUAUUGGCUCAUUAUUGAUCAAUCAAAAACCAAUUAGGGACCCUCAGUGUCUGAACACGGAGAUUCCAAUGUGAUUCGGGGAGCUGAAUUAAGACUAAGCAUUAGAAUCAAUCCCCAACACAGGACUAUAUGCAAAGCCACAUCAUGAACAAAGCCAGUAGUUUCCAGGGAAGCUACACUCUGUUAUCCACCCAUAGAGGCUUUUAAAUUCAUAAAGGAAAGAUUAAGGUGGAUUAAACUUAGUCAAAAAUCCUUCAUCAAGGCUUUUGGAAGGCCAAUUGAGCUCUGAAAGAUGAAGAUAUGAUCUUAUUAGAGGUCCAAGGGAAACAGAGCCACUAAGACUGAUAAUUCCAUGUAGGUAGAGAAAAGGGAGUGCCUGGUCUGGGUUAUAAGGGUGGAGGACCACUUUGGAAAAGGCAAGGGGUUAGCAAGGGUCUGGGGGUAUGAUGGUGGCAGUAUCAGACUGCCUCUAGGGACUGUAAAUGAUAGUGGAAGAAAGAUUCAAAUGAAAACGUUCUAAUGAAGGUUGAGGUCUUGGACUGUCACUCGACACACAGCACUUGCCCAGCACAAGUGAAGCCCUGGCUUGAAUCCCCAGCACCAUAUGAGCCAGACAUGAUGGCACACAUCUAUGUGAUGGCAAUAACAGACAGGGGAGUCAGAAUCUCAAGGUUAUCUUGGCUAAGUUAGUGAUUUGAAGACAGCCUGGGCUACAUUCGACCUUGAAGAAAGAUAUGGUGAGGAAGAGGAGGGGGAAGAAAGAAAAGGACAUUGACAUCAGGCUAGCCCCAGCAUCAGGACACACAGGCACUCUCGUACAGAAUAACGAAACCACCCCUUCCUGUAUCACCCACUUCGCACAGAGAAAGAAACUAAGAUCGAGGGAAGAGGGAAUUGGCUUGGUUAUGUUUUCCUUACACAGUGGAACAUUAACCCACCUUACAAGAAUAACCUCCAGAAGAAAAUGGUCAUGAAUUGAACCCAACUGCAAAUGAAAUCUAGUUUAUAUAAAAAAAAAAUCUAGAAAGUAGGACAUGACUAACAUAAUGACAGCUCUACCAUUCCCCUGGGCAGGAGAACUCACCUGACUACUAAUCUGUGAUUUGUGGGGAAACUGCUAAUUAAGGUCAAAGUCUACCAUUGGCCACAUGGCCUUCUGGGGCUUGCCGCAUAAUGGGAGACUCCCUUCGUUAACAGAGUUUUUCCUUCCCUACCCUUGUCUGGGGAAUUCUAAGCUCCCAUGCUGGCCUCUACCUGAGGAUGUCAAUUAGUUUACAGGAUCAGUUUCUUUCUCCUGAUAAAACCUGUUCAGCCAGCACCUGAGGCUCCUGAAAUGCUUCUCUAUGCUAAUGAGGCCUUCCAGGUACCCUGAACCUCCAGCCAAUGACCUUUGACCAUCCUGGAUGUCUUUACCUUCAGCCCACCGCCCCCAAACUUUAUAAACCUUCAGUCACCCUAAGUAAAGUUGAUUUGCCAACUGA